AUGUUGGAAUCCAAGCAGGAUUAUGAUGUUUUUUCAGAUUUUAAUUUUUUUAUACAAUAUUUUCUUUCAUGUUUUUAUCUGCAGGUUUUAAAAGCAUUAAAGAAAGUAAAUUUUACCCAGAAUGGCUAUCAUGUGUCUUUUGAAGAAAAUGGAGAUCCUGUGGCUGUUUAUGAGCUGGUCAACUGGCAGAAGAGUGAGCGUGGUGUGAUUGAGUUGGUAACAGUAGGAUUCUAUGAUGCAUCCAUGCCUAUAAACAGAAAAUUCCAUUUUGACAAAAAUCUAACCUGGAUGGAUGGUAGAAAACAAGUGCCAGUGUCAGUGUGUACUGAUAGCUGUCCUCCAGGAACUCACAAAGUGCUGCAGAAAGGAAAACCCAGCUGUUGCUUUGAUUGCAUACCAUGUCCUGAAGGAGAGAUUAGCAACACUACAGAUUCCUCUGAUUGUUUCCCAUGUCCCAUCGAAUUCUGGCCAAAUCCAGAAAAGGACUCAUGUCAUCCCAAACCAGUAGAAUAUCUUUCCAUUGAUGAGACUCUGGCUAUCAUCUUGGCUGCCGUUUCUGUUGGUGGAGCAUGUCUUGCCAUCCUAACAGCAGCAGUGUUUUUCCAUCACAGAACCACCCCAAUAGUACGGGCCAACAACUCAGAGCUGAGCUUCCUGCUGCUCUUCUCCCUGACUCUGUGUUUUUUAUGUUCCUUAACUUUCAUAGGGGCUCCCACUGAGUGGUCCUGUAUGCUGCGUCACUCAGCUUUUGGCAUCACCUUUGUUCUUUGUAUCUCAUGUGUGCUUGGAAAAACCAUAGUGGUCUUGAUGGCCUUUAAAGCCACACUGCCAGGUAGCAAUGUCAUGAAAUGGUUUGGUCUUCUACAACAAAGACUGACUGUAGUGUUUUUAACAUUUGUUCAAGUAUUAAUUUGCAUCGUUUGGCUUGUCUUGAGGCCUCCAUUUCCAAUGAAAAAUUUUAUCACGUACAAAGAAAGGAUAAUCCUGGAGUGUGCUUUGGGUUCUGCCAUUGGAUUCUGGGCUGUGUUGGGAUACAUCGGACUUCUGGCUGUGUUCUGCUUUGUGUUAGCUGUGAUGGCUCGGAAACUGCCGGACAACUUUAAUGAAGCCAAACUGAUAACAUUUAGCAUGUUGAUUUUCUGUGCAGUCUGGCUGAGCUUCAUACCAGCUUAUGUCAGCUCUCCUGGCAAAUUCACAGUAGCUGUGGAGAUAUUUGCUAUUCUGGCCUCCAGUUUUGGACUAAUAAUGUGUAUAUUUGCUCCAAAGUGUUUCGUCAUACUGUUUCAGCCUGAAAAAAACACAAAAAAAUAUUUAAUGAAUAAAAAUUGAUUGUUUAGAAUACAUUUUAUAUGCAAAAAAUGCUUUUAAAUGUUUAAAGCAUGCUUUACGAAUCUCUUUUGGAAAAUUACGUUUGUUAUUUUCUUUAAUGUAAAGGU